GCCUCUAAGCGAUGUUCUCGGCUGUUCAAACUUUAAGAGCCCCUUGCCUUUUUACAAGACCCCUAAUUACCCUCAAGUUACCGCGUAGUUCAGUUUCCGGCUUGAUAAGCAUUGUUCCAUCGGCAGACUUCGCCCAAAUGACGUAUACAUGAUAAACAAAUUAACUCGAGCAAUCAUUUUCGCAGAGAGGCUGGCGGGCGGGUUGACGCCAUGCCAUCGCGAGCCCACAGUAACUGGCGCUGAGGCGUUCAUGAGCCUAUACGACUAGAAUGAGUGGGUAUACGAGCACGUUUACAUUGGUGCUGGUGUGCCUCGCCGCCUGGGCGCACUGGUCGGUCCAAGCCAAGGCCCACGACAUGCACCUGCACCAGCACUACCUGCGCCUCAAGGUGUGCGACCGGCGCGGCGGCGGCGCCUACUGCAGCUGGGGCGCCACGCGGGGCUACGUGGGGCCGCUGGACUCGGCUGCGAACAUAAAGGAGGCGCUGGAAGCAACACAGUACAAGAAGGAGUUGAUCCUGUUCUCGGAGGACCGCAUGCCCGAGGCCACACAGUCCCUGGCGCGCUUCCGCAACGCGGGAUACAGCCACAUCAUCGGCAUCCUGCCGGAGCUGGCCGAGUGCCACCGCCUGGCGCACAUCUUCGCGCCCUGGACACACGAGCACGGCCCGCUGCAGUGCGGCACGUACGCCACCCGCGACCCCAGCGGCAAGCCCUACCCGGUGGGCUUCCCCUUCCUGGCCCGGGGUAUUGGCAUGACGGUGUGGUGGAGGAAGUGGUACACUGCAGCCCGCGCUGUGGCCCUGGGUUACAACGUGUUGGCGCUGGACAGCGACAACCUGGUGCUGGGCGACCUGUACUGGCGUGUCAAGGCCCCCGACUCGCCGCUGUCGGAGAUAAACCUGUUCACGCAGGCUGAGUGCGGCGACUGCGUCAACAGUGGGUUUGUGUACAUACAGAAUGCGGCGCCCAACGGCCCCAUCGCCUGGAUGUUGUACGACAUGGUCCUGAAAGUCGUGCGGUGGGCGGAAGACCCUAGCGGCAUCUUCGACCUGAGUCCCAAAGCGAAGGCCGCCAACUGGAUCUGGUCGGACGACCAGGAGUCGAUGUCGGACGUGCUCUACAGCGCCAUCACAGGCAAACCGCGCUUCUUCAUUUUAGCUCACAACCUGAACAUGCACAAGGACGAGGAAGCGUACAAGAAGCUGGGGGUGGCGAAUGGGGAUGAGCUGAUGAAGAACAUCAAGCCGCCCAAAGACAAGUGGACAUUCAAGAAGUACGACCUGGCCGGCACGCCGCUGGCCGAGGUGGCGUGCGACCACCUGCCCGACCUGGAGCGCUGCCGGCGUGAGGUGGCCGCCGCCACCACCCACCUCAUGACGGCGGAGCUGCAGAUGCCGCACUGCGGCGGCGAGUGGCCGGGCAGCCUGGGCGGGUACCCGUUCAACAAGACGCUGGGCCCUAUUGCACUGGCCUACCGCCAGAGCUUCAAGGAUCUUGGCGUGCCUCUGCCGCCCGACCCCGAGGACCCCGCCACGGAGGCCGCGGCCCGAGCCACUCGCAAGGAGAAGUACGGUCUGGUGCACGUGCGGCCCGGCAUGGAGGGCGGCGUGUACCCGGCGGGCUGGCUGGAGGGUACCUGGUUCCGCACCGGGCGGCACGGGCUGUGGCACACGCACCUGCUGCAGCACGAGUUCCAGAGCUUCGCCCACAUCCACGCCUCGCUCUUCCCGGGUGACUUCCAAAAGCAGCUCGUGAUGCAGGCCGCGGGGAUCUACGACUGGCGCGUCGGAGCCAGGCUGGCGGGCGGCGCCAACAGGCCCUACUACCUGUACGACGACAGCGAGCGCACGCCCCAGCCCGAGCUGCGCCGAGUGGUGGCGUACCUGGACGGCGUGGUGGGGCCCUGGCUGUCCAAGAAGGAGGUGAUUGCGGCGGCCAACGGCCUGGCGCAGGUGGCGGUGGCGCUGGGGGCGGCGGCGGCGUGGCCCGCAGUGGACUGCAGUAGUGACUGGGUGCAGCUGCGGCCCGGCAUGACCGGCUACUCGGCCCUGCUGCGCGCUGCCGCCAACACCACAACCGCCGCCGGCUCCGCCGCCUCCGGCUCCGCCCCCGCCCCCGCCGGCUCCGCGGCCCCGGUGAUGGAGCACUCCAUUCCGUGGAGCUACCUGGACACCUCGUUCCAGGCCGUACCGUUCGGGCCGUCGCUGCGCGCGCUCAAGUGCAUGUGGCCCGGCUUCACGUGGCGGGACUGCCUGACCAGCCGCCGGCCGCACCGCCCGCCUGUGGGCCGCGGCCUGACGCCUGUGGAGUUUGAGCACCUGGUGCAGCUCAGCGAGCGGCAGCUGGCGGCGGAGCACGCCCACUGGUGGGAUCAGCGGCAGCGGCUGCGGCAGGUGCAGCCCUGGCUGCCCAGCUUCGGACCCGUGCUGCGGCUUGCAAAGGACGGCCCCGCCGCCACGCCCCUGUCCGCGGCCCCCGGCGCCGCCCCGCCCCCCGCCCCCGGCGCCGGCGCGCUGCUACACGCCGUACGGUACGACGAGCUGCUGGAGCUGAAUGUGGAGGCGCUGCUGCAGGGCGGCGGGGCGGGCGGGGGGGUGGGGGGCGCGGGGGGGCCGGAGCCGUCCGUGCCCGUGUUGUGGGUGGAUCGGCUGGUGGGCGGCGUGGAGGGGCUGCGCGGCGAGGCGGCGGCGCUGUACGGCAACUGGACAAAAGAGUGCCGGGGGCUGCGCUACUACGACAUCCCCGAGCGAGACCGCACCAACUGGUAGCACUGACUGGUGGCAGCGCCGCCCGGGAGAGAUCCGAAUCGGGAUGUUACUGGUUUGGGGUCCCGGUUCGUGGCGAUGGCGGUGGCGGUGGCGGUGGCGGUGGCGGUGGCGGUGGCGGUGGCGGUGGCGGUGGCGGUGGCGGUGGCGGUGGCGGUGGCGGUGGCGGUGGCGGUGGCGGUGGCGGUGGCGGUGGCGGUGGCAAUGGCGGUGGCGGUGGCGGUGGCAAUGGCGGCGCAAAUGUGUGUGGAUGACUAGAUGGCCCAGAGUGUGGCCCAGAGGGUGGCCCAGUUGACUGGGUGGCCCAGAGGUGUGAAAGAUUCGCACAGAGGACUGAUACAGAGCAACGAGCGCCGGACCGAUACCACGUAUGGGACAUGCAUUGGCGCCACCCAUCGCGUUCAGUUGCCCGGGACCAUGUCAAGC